AUGACUUACAUUGUACUCGUACUAUCAUUAGUAGCGCAUACUGCAUUUACAUCAGAACUUGUUUACGUUACGGCAAGGGAAUCUGUCAGCCCUGAUUCAGCGUUGGCAGUAGCCUGUUUGGCGCCCCGAGUGAAAGUGACUAUCAUUAGUAGCGAUACUACAUUUACAUCAGAACUUGUUUACGUUACGGCUGAUGUGAAGCGUUAUCUGGGUAAACAACAAUUCAAGGGUGAUUUCAAUGCUAUGGUGCGGCCACUAUUAUCAGAAGAAAAUAACAACAAAAACGCCUCAUCAACUCCAACCAUCUUCUUUACACCGGAAAACUGUGGAAUCAAGGAAUUGCCGCAAGCAAAGAAAGCAAGAACGAUUUCUCGAUGGCUUAAUAGAUACUUGAAUCCGUUUGAUAUCUUGAGUAGCUCUUUAUGUUUGGUGACAUCAGGUCGCAUGGUUGACAAGGAAUACAAAAGAUCAGUCAAACUUAUCUUUGAUGGUUCUGCAAAUCUAUUUUCUCCAAAAUCUCUCAAUUUUAGUGAUGAUGAUCUUUGCAGUUCUUUUGAAGUCAAUUUUCAAGAAAAAAAAAACCGUUCCGAUGAUGAUUUCAAACUAAAUCUCAAGCUUGUAGGUGUGGUCAACAUGUCUGAAUCACAAUUAUUCUUGGGUGGAAAGUCUGGCAUUAUCAACAACUAUUUAACUGAUCCUCAAAUUUGGGCAACAGCUAGAAGUUGA